UGAUGGUGUUGAUUGGUCAAUUGGUGGCUCGGUUGUUUCAUCAGGUGGUGGAAACUCUGGAGUAGUUUGGUCAGGUGGUAUUAUCGGAGGUGGGUCUUGAACCGGUGGAGGAAUAAUUGGCGGGAAAACUUCAACUGGUGGAGGCAAAAUCUCGGGAAGGAUGGGUGGCGGUGGUGUUGACUGGUCAAUUGGUGGCUCGAUUGUUACAUCAGGUGGUGAAAAAUCUGGUGUAGAUAAGUCAGGCGGGGAUGGGAUCAGUGGAAAAUCGUCUACUGGUGGUGGUGGGAGAAGUGAAGGGGUAUCUGGUGCGGGUGGUGGAGUUCCAGUGGUUAUAUCUGGCGGUGGAAAUUGUGAAGUUGGUGGUGUUAAUGUAGAACGAUCUAAUGGCGGAGGAAGGAUGAUAACAGAUGAUGGGGGUGGUGAUCCGUUGGUUGUAUCAGGUGGUGAAAACCAUGUCACUGGUGGGAGGUCAGCCACCAACGGCGGAGGAGGUGUAUCAUUAGUCCCUGGGACUUCAGCUCCUAAAAUAGGAGGCGGAGAAGGUGAUUCGGUUGUUCCUGGAUUUCCUCUUCCUAAAAGCGGAGGUGAACCAGUGAUUAAUGGAGUGCCUCCGCCUAAAAGAGGAGGAGGAGGUGAACCGGUGAUUCCUGGAAUGCCGCCGCCAAAUAAAGGAGGAAGAGGUGAACUAAUGGUUCCCGGAGUGCCACCGCGUAAUAGAGGAGGAGGUGAACCUGUGAUUCCCGGAGCUCCACCACCUAAAAGAGGAGGUGGUGAACUGAUGAUUCCUGGACCGCCACCACCUAAAAAAGGAGGUGUCAUCGUAAAUGGUGGCAGAGUAACUGAGCCGCCAGGUAGUGUUGGUGGUGGAGAUAAGACUAAUGGAAGGGGUGGUGAUGGAAGAGAAGAAGAUAAUGGUGGUGGAAGAGGAGCAGAAGGUGGCGGGAGGGGUAGAACCGGAGUAGGUGGAGGUAAGAUUGGAACCGGAGAAGGCGUUGCUGAUGGUGUUGGUGGUGGCAGCACUGGAGUAGGUGGAGGUAGGAUUGGAACCGGAGAAGGCGUUGCCGAUGGUGUUGGUGGUGGCAGCACUGGAGUAGGUGGAGGUAGGAUUGGAACCGGAGAAGGCGUUGCCGAUGGUGUUGGUGGUGGCUGAGUUGGAAAUAAAGGUGGUAACGGAGGGAGUAUAAUCGGUAUAGGGACAAAUGGGAUAACGGGUGCUACUGGUGUCGGUGGGCAAGGCACUGGUGCAGGUGGAGCCGGUGCCGUGGUGCAAACAACACAAGGCUGAGCAGGAGGCGGUGCCGGGGCUGAGACACAAGUAAUGCAAGGCGCCGGGGGAGGAGACAGUGUCGGGGUUGUGACGCAAGUAAUGCAAGGCGCCGG